ACAAAUCAGCUUCUCGGGAAGCUUGACGUAACUGGCGGGGAACGCGAGAGGGUGUGCCGGUCAGGCCCCCUUCCUGGUCGGCGGCACGCCCCAAAGUGGGUGUCCAGAGGCGACGGGGUCCCGGGUGCCUCACUUUGCCCUCGCGCACCCCGCCUUGGCCGUUAUGGAGUCGUUGGCAGCGGCCGUGCUGGACGGCUCGGUCUUCUCUGAGAAGUUCUGGCGGCAGAUCUCUGGCCCGGAGGAGCAGCGGCUCAUGCAAAUGAUGAGCUACGGACUGGCAGGCAUCGGGGUUGUGGUGGCGAUAUUGCUUCGCUACAUCAACACUCCUUAUGGGCGCCAUGCCUCGUCCGCCUUAGGCGCUGGCCUGCCACCUACCCUGGGCUGGCUAGUGCAAGAAGCUCCCUCCUUCCUGGUCCCUUUGCUUCUGGUUCUCUGCAGCGGCGGCAGCCGCCUUAGCUACUGGCCCAACCGGAUCCUCCUGGGGCUCUUCCUUACUCACUACGCGUACAGGGCAUUUAUCUUUCCUUUCUUAAUUCGUGGAGGAAAGCCACUGCCAAUCGUUACUAUUUUGAUGGCUUUUGUGUUCUGUUCAUAUAAUGGAUACUUGCAAGGCCGAAGUCUGAGUAACUACAUAGAAUACCCCAGAUACUGGAUAAAAGACUUGCGUUUCAUCAUAGGUCUUGCAGCAUGGUUAAGUGGCCUUCUCAUUAAUAUCCAUUCUGAUCAUAUCUUGAGGAAUCUGAGAAAACCAGGGGAGACGGGCUAUAAAAUACCAAGAGGAGGACUGUUUGAAUAUGUGAGUGGAGCUAACUUCUUUGGAGAGAUUGUUGAGUGGUUUGGAUUUGCUCUGGCUUGCUCUACGCUAGAAAGUACUGUGUUUGCCUUUUUCACAUUUCUGAUUUUAAGCAACAGGGCACGACAGCAUCAUAUGUGGUACCUCAAAAAGUUUGAAGAUUAUCCACGUUCCAGGAAAAUUUUAAUUCCAUUUGUGUACUGAUUUUUUGUAUCUGUUUUUAAACAAUUGCUGCUAUUGAGAAAGAGACAUCAGCGUUCAAUAAACAUUGGUUACAUGGGCACAUCAGUGCAAAUAUUGUGUUGAAUGCUGUAACAAUGACAUAUUGUUAUCCACUGAAAUUUUUUAAGUUUUGUGUUGAUAAAAUAUUCAGCUGUGAACUCAGCAAACAUACAAA